AUGGAGCACUUGGAUCACCCCCAUGACCUAGACGGGUCUUCGUAUGACUAUGGGUGUCUGUACAGUCAUGAAACUUCCAUGAUGGAACGACCGCCAUCGAGUACGAUCCCGACAGCUUUUCAGUCUCGGAUUGGCCAGCUCCUGAUCUCAGUAUCUCCAGUCUGGCCAGCUACGAAGUUGUUGAGGACAUACAUUACACUGAACUGUCACCGGAAGCUGGUUACUAUCUUCCUUACUCACAAUUGA